CAGCUGGUCGCUCCGGAAGGAGAGCAUGCGGGGCUAUAGAGUGGCCUCGUCAUAACCAAGAGUGUAGUUCUCGUGCUCCAUAUCACAUUGUUGGUUUCAACUGCAUGGAUCUACAGCCCCAUCGGGAGGAUCGAUCCUUCGACGGUCGAUCCGCAAUAUUCUCUCAUUUAAACAUUGUGUCAUCCUCCCUCGCAUCUCUCUUCCUCUUUCUCCUCAUACGUAUGAUAAGAUGGUCUCACUCAAGGCAGUACAAGCAUCCAACGCAGGCCUCCGGGCACUCCCCAACAUCACCGCCCUGUUUGUCGGGGGAACCAGCGGCAUCGGCCAAAGUACAUUGCGACAGCUAGCCCGUCAUGCCGACAGCCCGACGGCCUAUAUCGUCGGUCGCAACCAGGCCCGCGCCUCCCCAUUUCUGUCGGAACUGCACGAAUUGAGUCCUAAAGGUCGCUUUCACUUCAUCGAGGCGGAUGUCUCACUGGCGCGCAAUGUCGAUGUCGCAUGCCAACAAAUACUCAAUAAGGAGAAGCAUCUCAACUUUCUCUUCAUGACCCCCGGAGGUAUCUCCCUGGGAGGCCGAAACGAAACUAUCGAAGGCAUCGACUACCUAUUCGCCCUCCGCUAUUAUUCCCGGAUACGCUUCAUACAAAACCUCCUUCCACUCCUCGAGUCCUCAUCGGGUCCCAGUCGCGUCGUCAGUAUUUACGGCGGCGGCUUCGAGUUCUCCAUCAACACCUCCGACCUCGACCUCAAGCAUAACUUCUCCCUACUCAAUGCCUAUAAGCACUCCAUUACCAUGACCUCCACAAGCAUGGAACACCUCUCCAACACCCACCCGAAGGUCAGCUUCGUCCACGCGUACCCGGGCCUUGUGGGCACCAAUAUCUACAAUAACAGUUUCCCGUGGCCGAUCUCGUCUUUCUAUAACUACGCCAUGUGGCCGUUCUUUCAAGUGAAUCUCCAGGAAAGCGGCGAGCGGCAUUUGUUCCAUCUCAGCUCCGCCCGGUAUCCGGCAAAGGAGGGAACCACGAACCAGGGCGUUCCCGUGGACUCUGAGGCGGGUGGUGUGGCGACUGGAAUCACUGGACAUGUGGGUAGCGGUGCGUAUCUGCUGAAUUGGAAGGGGGAUGUGAGCUCGAGCAAUAAGAUCCUGGCACAGUAUCGGGAACAGGGAGUACCGGAACAGGUGUGGAAGCAUACCGAGGAGCUUUUGGCGGAGGCGGUUCGGAGAUGAGACGCUAUUGAUGAGGUGCAAUCGUAGGAUGAGAAGAGAUAUGGACGGACGAAUAGUAUAUACAUUGUACAGCAGAGAAAUGUGAGCCUACUUUAACAUAUCUCUCACCAGCACCAGAUAGCUAUAUGCUCUGCACACAGGCGACAACAAUGUUGGAUCAGGUGAUGCCUAG